AUGGCGGACGUAGACAUGACCGAUGCUCCUUCUGGUUCGGUCGCGCCUAAGAAAGUUGCUGCUAAGGCGAAAGGCGCAGCUGCUGAAGGAGGGGCAGAUGGCAAGAAGCGGUUCGAAGUGAAGAAGUGGUCCGCUGUGGCUCUUUGGGCUUGGGAUAUCGUCGUUGACAAUUGUGCUAUCUGCAGAAACCACAUUAUGGAUCUCUGCAUCGAAUGUCAAGCCAACCAAGCUUCUGCUACCAGCGAAGAAUGUACCGUUGCAUGGGGAAUCUGCAAUCACGCUUUCCACUUCCACUGCAUCUCUCGUUGGCUGAAGACUCGUCAAGUUUGCCCACUUGACAACAGAGACUGGGAGUUCCAGAAAUAUGGUCGUUAA